GCCCCCGAAGGAGCGAACCCGAGUCGAGUCGAGUCGAGCGAGCGAGCGAGCGAGCGAUUCCGGUCUCUUCGUGGUCGAGAUCGCCCGCGUCCUCGUCGUGUACGUGCGGGUGGACGCGCGCGCGCGCGCGCGUGUGUGAGCCCCGAGUGGAAUACGAGACCGAGAAAACGUGUCCUUCGCGAGAGUUGCGCAACCGGCGCUCCCGUGCCCUUCCAAGAUGGGUUAAACGUGGUUUUCCGCGAGUGUGAUUUUUGAUCUCGCCUAUUCAGUGACGUGAAUACGAUUGCAGACGUGCACAGUGAAAUUCCACGACGAAUUGUUCGUCCUUCGCAAGAGAGAGAGAGAAAGAUCGGUAACCGCCGUUGUCCGAAGUCGUCGGCAUUCCGGAGUCGUCUGCUCGCGUUCAGGGCGAAUGAACUGCGCACGGUGAUGAUAGUUCUCCGCAGCGCGGCGAUGCGCGAGUAAUGAGGGAGCUGCGUGAUCGACCGAGCACGACCGGCGGUGAUCGAAAGAAAGAAGGAGAGAGAGGGGGAGAGAAAGAAAGAGAAAUUAUAUAUAUCUAACCUCGACCUCCAAGUGUCGGGUUGUUGUGUGGUAGCGUGCGGGGCACAACGACGUCGUGAUCACGCCACGCUGUUAUAGACGGAUGUUCGACGGUGCGGGACGUGUCGCGGUAACGAGGGCCCUCGUGAUGUACGGCGUUUAGUAUUACUUUGUAAGGCUGCAACCCCCCUGGAAACGGAGUACCUUGUAACGUACCAAAUAGCAAAACCUAUUAACCGAACGUGCAAUAAUCUCUUCUCGAUUUCGCUUAACGGAGUCUAUGUUCUAAGGAAGAGCUUAAUCUCGCGAUAGGAAGAUCCUGGAUUAAUUGGAGAACCAUCGGGGACUUCGCGGAACCGUUCGUAAGCUGUGUCUCGCAGGCUCAACAAGUGGACCGUCGUCGUCUCGUAGUCGAUUCCGCUAAAACCGCUUUUCCCGGAUUAUCAGGAAACGGAAUCUUAGACGUCACCGCGAUCGAGAUCCGCAGGUCUAAGUUUCGGCGUUACGCGCUCUUCCGAGCUCGGAGUACCGAUCGAUUUCGGAGCACCGCGGGGUUGCGUUAAACACGCAACAAGUUGAGGAGGAGCACGUGGCGAGAGCAGCGCGUUCGAAUCAAUUAAAGUGUUUGUCCUUACGUAAGAGCAUCACCCGGUGACGCGCGCAUUAGCGCGAUAACAUUUGCUCGUCGCCGAUAAGGGCUUCGAGAUUUUGCGACGAGCAGACAAUAAGUCGCGAGAGAGCGGUCAGUCGAUAAACAGCGGCUCAACGCGACGCAAGUGUAUAUCUCUCCGCGAGAAUUCCGAAAAGCUUGACGCUUCGAAUUCGCGUUUUUAAUCGCGCUCCGAACGCCAGUUCCGUAAAUCGCGAUAUCGAACUCGCAGGCCCGAGUUUCGCAGGUUCGAGAGAAUUUCCGAUCUCUAUAUAUUCUUCGAAGUUCGCAGCAUCGCGACAGUGCGCGAUGUAGACAACGUUAUUCGAGGUAUCGACGCGAGAGUAUUCUUAAAGGAGUCUUUGUCGAGGGGGCAGAAAGCGGAGGUACUCCGGAAAUUCCUCUCCCCCUCCGGAAGAGAGGGCUCAAUUACUAGUGCGGCAGGGCUGCAAGCGACUUUGAAUGACCUUCGUAUUCUGCGGCUUCGUCUUCGACUCGUCCGACGAGAAGACGAGACAAAUGCCGGUCGCUUCGGAGGACUGGGUGCCCCACCCGGGCGCCAAGAUAACCAGUUCCAUCACCACCGUCAAGGGUGCCACCAUACAGAGCACGACGACGGCCUGGAUGUCGCCCUACAGCAGGACGGCACCGCCGGAUCGCGGUGGGUCCAACAAUAAUAACAACAAUAACAACAACAACGGCGUGGUUAUUUUGGAUGGCUGCAGACCACCGGCGGCCACGACGGCCAGGAGAUUCUUCAGGUGGUUUAGCAGAUUAGGGCAACCGCCGAUAGGCAAGACAGGGGUGCUGGAGAUGGCGGCCACCGAGAGCACGAUCCGAUUUAGCGGCCACACGUUGGACAAAGCGACCAAGGCUAAGGUAACGCUGGAGAACUACUACAGCAAUCUGAUAGCGCAGCACAUCGAGCGGAAGCAGAGGCUGGCGAAGCUCGAGGAGUCCCUCAAGGAUGAGGGCCUCUCGGAGCAGCAAAAGCAGGAGAAGAGGCUGCAGCAUGCCCAGAAGGAGACCGAGUUCCUCCGGCUGAAACGGUCCAGGCUUGGCGUCGAGGAUUUCGAGCCUCUCAAGGUCAUUGGCAGGGGGGCGUUCGGCGAGGUGAGACUCGUGCAGAAGAAGGACACUGGACACGUAUACGCGAUGAAGAUCCUCCGGAAAGCGGACAUGCUCGAGAAGGAGCAAGUCGCGCACGUCAGAGCGGAGAGGGACGUUCUCGUGGAAGCGGACCAUCAGUGGGUCGUGAAGAUGUACUACAGUUUCCAGGAUCCUAUAAAUCUCUAUCUAAUAAUGGAGUUUCUGCCCGGCGGUGACAUGAUGACGCUGCUCAUGAAGAAGGACACGCUUUCCGAGGAGUGCACGCAAUUUUAUAUUUCCGAAACGGCAUUAGCGAUCGACUCCAUACACAAAUUAGGUUUUAUUCAUAGAGACAUCAAGCCAGACAACCUGUUGCUGGAUGCACGGGGCCACAUAAAACUUUCUGAUUUUGGGCUGUGCACGGGUUUGAAGAAAUCACAUAGAACUGAUUUCUACCGAGACCUGAGUCAAGCGAAACCUUCCGAUUUCAUGACAUCAUGCGGGAGUGGAAGCGGUGGUGCGAUGGACAGCAAAAGGAGAGCCGAGAGCUGGAAGAGAAACAGGAGAGCGCUGGCUUACAGUACGGUAGGCACUCCAGACUACAUUGCGCCGGAAGUGUUUCUGCAAACAGGUUACGGACCGGCUUGCGACUGUUGGUCCCUGGGAGUUAUCAUGUACGAGAUGCUUAUAGGAUAUCCACCAUUCUGUAGUGAGAAUCCACAAGAGACGUAUAGAAAAGUAAUGAACUGGCGAGAAACGUUAGUGUUUCCGCCGGAGGUUCCCAUUAGCGAAGAGGCUAAAGAUACCAUUAUCAGAUUUUGCUGCGAAGCCGAUAGAAGAUUAGGGGCACAAAGAGGCAUCGAAGAGCUCAAGUUAGCGCCCUUCUUCCGCGGUGUCGAUUGGGAGCACAUCAGGGAAAGACCAGCCGCCAUACCGGUCGAGGUGCGUUCCAUCGACGACACGUCAAACUUCGACGAAUUUCCAGACGUGAAAUUAGAGAUACGUACGUAUAUCUUGUCCUCAUCCGCGCCGAUGCCACAGGACGGCGAAGUAAUAUACAAGGACUGGGUAUUUAUUAAUUACACCUUCAAGCGCUUCGAGGGUCUGACACAACGGGGCACGCCGACCAAGAAAUAGCAACCCCUCACUUCCUGCUCGAUCAACAGCGCCGUCGUCAAUCAGCAGCCAGCUGACGUGAUCGAAAUUCCGGCCUUGGUACAUCAUCCUCAUCCGCCAUCGUCGACGGCAAUGGUGUCGCGUAUGACGGACGGUUGAUCCUGUCUCUUGGACGCAGUUCAAGUAUCGGACACAAGUCAUUCUUAUUUGUAUAUAUGUGAUGACCAUGGAUUGUCAUAAAUACGCGCAGCAUCAAUCACGGAUAUCGACAGUUGCGAGCGAGGCGAAGAGCACGAUCCAACCGAAAGCCCGGACAAGCGGAUGGAUACGCGAGAGUAUAGCGAUAAAGGUGCACAAUACACGAAUAUUGCAUGCCUCAACGCGUGCGUCGAUAACGCGUGAUAAGGCGAUGCGAGCGAAGUUUUGUGUGACUUACACGGUGAUCCUCGUUUGUAUCCCCGUCGAGAAGCAUUAUUCUUUACUCUUGUCGUGCCGCGGAGGAGGCGUUUUGUGCGAAGCGUAGCAUAAUAAGCUCUCUGUGGUAAUGGUAUUAAACGGAAACGAUCGGAGGGAGCCUCGGUCCCGUGAUCCUCACACGUACUUCUUAUUUAUCUACGCGACGCGCGUGUCAACAAAAUUUUAUUGCGCGAAAUACGCUCGGCUAAGCUCUCGAAUCAAGCUCUCUCUCUUUUUCUAUGUUCAAACGUUGUAUUUAUAAUUAACUCUCUGUGAUAUGUGAAGUUGUUGAAAAUAUCCGCUACCUUCGGACCUUUUUGUCUGUUAGCGGAUGUCUACGCUUUUAUUGAUGUUGUAUAUAUGUGAUUAAUCGUAUUUCGAUAUGUCUUGAAAAUUUAAAAGUUGUUACGAUGGAAUUUUAUAAUAUUAUGUAUUUUUGCGCUACUUUUGAGAGCUUAGAUCCGUUCACGAAACUGAGGGAAUUAUUGACGGAAUUAAUGACACGCGCGCGAAGCUUUUCAUAUGUAAACAAAUAAUAUAUAUUUCCUAAUAUAUAUUUUACAUGUUUUAUCAUUGCAUUUCAGCAUUGUGUAAUGGGGUAUACUUUCGGUACCGGGUCUCUCUCUUUCUCUUUAUCUCUCUUUCUCUUGUAAGGCAAUAAUAAACAUUUAGCCGUGUCUGAAUACACGAUAAAGGAUGCUAGGCUUUAAAAGAUACCGUAAAAAGGCGUAAGAAGGGAGAGAGAAAGAUUACACUUGUAAGAUUCAGGGCUCCUUCGUUGCCUUAUUAAGGUUCCUAACAGACAGCCCAACAAAACCCGUACGUUUAAACGAAAGAGAUGAGCCAGACAUGCCACUUCUUCGACGGAAAACGAUGAGGAAAUAAGGCAGUGUGUUACGAACGAUGUAGAAAAUCGUACGCACGUGUAUUUUAACACUCGAUGAAACCGAAUACCUUUUCUUUCGAUCGCACUGUGAACAAUUUUACGAUAUACAUUUCGUAGUUUUGCUGACAACCAGGGCACCUUGGUAAUAAAAUAGCGUAAUAACGAUAAAGACUAGGUAACAUUUAAGAUAACAAACAUACAUUCACACAGAAGUACCUAUAACAUUAAACAAAGGAAAUGCACGCGUGCGCAUUCGAAACGUAAUUGCGUUUUGGAUAAUAUAGUACAUGUAUAAAAAGAAAAAAGAAAAUUCUCAACGCUCCUUCCACGUUAACGUUCCGGCGUGUCUCCACUUAAUAAUCACGCAAUCACGCUGUACUGUACAUUCGACGAAGAGAUUAGUUUCGUACGACUACUCCGCCUGCGUAUGUAUCUUAACGCCGUUUACUGAAUAAAGUUUCUCCAGGUAGUUUAAAUAAAGCAGAGAGCGCCUAGAUUACGGUGUACUACCAGUUAAGCCAGUAAUUUAAACAAAGAGAAAAAAGAAAGGAAGAAAAUCACCCGCGAAAUGAAGCUAGUAGAAAAAAAAAGAUGAAAGCUAUUUUCUGCAGUAUGCUAGGAGUUAAAUCGACGAGUGUAACGUGUAAGCGGGAAAGUUAGGGAGCUACGGAAUACUUUAGUCUCUCCUUGUCGCCAUUGAGUACAGAUGCUCUGACGUCCAUGCUACUAAGUAAAAGAAAAGAAAAAAAAACGAAGAAGUGAUCGCAAUUUAUUUAUUUAAAGAGAAAGUCUAAUUAAAUGAUACAACAAUAGCCACGAGAUGCCUUCGACGCAACAAGUUUCGGUGCCCUGGAACAGUGCAUAUAUAUAAACAUAUAAGUAUAUAUGUAAAAAAAGUAUAUAUAUAUACAUAGAGAUACCUUUUAGCAAAGAGAGAGGGAAGUGUAAUAUGCGCUAAAUUUAGGUGUUGAAUUAUAGGUGUGCUCUGAAUUCGAGGUCAGGUGGGUGUACAUUUUUUUCUUUUUUUUUUUCUGAAAGCGAGAGAGAGGGAACGAGCGAUUAUAACAUAAGCGGAGUGGUGACGAGAUGUAUGUACGCACGUAUCGAGUUAUUACACAUUUGAUGUAAAACGUAAUUCUGAGGACACGUGAGAGGGAAAUCUCCAAGUUAGACUUAACGGUAUUGAUUAUCGGUGUACACUGUAAAUACUGACGAGGCAACUAAAUAUUAUUAAGAGCAAAGGCAGUUUGAGCUCCGGUGUUUAAUUGGUUACCGCUGUACUGCCAUCCUCGACUUUUUAUUAUUGUAUAUCGCGCAUGAUGAAUCGCAUUACGGGUGUGUUAAACGUACGGUAUAUCAUCCAAUCACACGUUUUUGCUCGUGUUUACGCUAGUGUUCUUAUCAUUGUACGAAUACUGAUUAGUUGUUAAUUUUACGGUUAAUUUAAAUGAAAGAAACCGCGAUAGAUCUCUCCUAGCUAAUUCGUACUAAUUAGUUGUUAAGUUACUCUUUUUUUCUUCGGGGGGCGAGGAGCCUCUUAUUUUUUUUUUCUUCUUUUUCUUUCUUUUCUCUCGUCGAAUAGGAGUCGCUUCCUACACAUUCGCGUCUUCUGUCUCUCUUGUAGCUGUCAUCUUGUCGAGUUUCGUUCAUGUGAUUUCUUUCUGUCGCGAUAUGGUAGGAUUCUCGGAUUAUGUAAUAUCAUACAUAUACGAUUAAUCACACGCACACGCACGUAUAUCGACCGCAUGUAGCAAAGCGGAACAAUUAUUUCUUCGCGUUCGAAUAUCGAGAGGAGCCGUUUCUUCGGUUGUUUAAUCGAUACACUUUAAGCCUGGAUGAGUAAUGUUUCGAAGUUACAAAUACUGAGAUCAUCGGUUAAAAUCUGCGCGUGAGAUUAUUUUAGAAAGACUUUUGCUGAAGCGUGUCUCGGGAGAGAGGCAUGGAAAUUCUCUUACAAGAAUAAAGCUCUUCCCACUGAAGAAUAAAUAAUUAAUAUUGAAUCUUAACACGUCUAUAAAAAGUCAUGAAUAGAACAAAAUCAUUUCCUUAAAUACUAGAUAAAAAGUUGGCUAUGAUUCAAUUCUUUUAUUGUCUUUUUAGACAGAGAAUUAAAUGAUAGACGCGCUAAUUUGAGGCAGGUAAGUGAAUUUCGAAACAAAUCGGCGAUGUACAAAUAUUAAUACUAGACUUAAUGCUAAACUAUUCUAUAUUGAUCAUAUAUUUCACAAUUACAAUUUAAACAAGCAAAUGAUGGAAAAGCAACGAUCUGGUUAUUUUGUUUGAUUAAAAUUACGUCACGAGCGAUAGCUCAGUUAUUUUAAGUCAAGCUAGGUAAACAUCUAAAACUGCAAAGAUUAGUGUUGCCGAUCUGAUGAUAUGAAAGCCACUUCUCGGAUGGAUUGUUUAUCGUGGAAUCUAUUGCCUUCUGCAUAUUACUCAUCCAGGAUCAAGGAGGAUCGCACGCGAUGACGAUCCUUCGAUUGCCCCCGUGUGCGAAAUAACGAUUUGCGCAAAGUGCUCUUGGAUAAAUAUUUCGUUGCGCUUAUCAUUUUACAACGCUUAAAAUCUAGAACUGCGGAUUGAGGCGUAACGAAGCUUAAGAAGAAACCGUUCUCAAACUGAAAAUAAUAUAGUAAAUUACAAAAAAGGACAUUCAGAAGAAAGCAAAGGAAAAGUUCAAAAAAUUCUAUAAUUUAAAUAUGUAUAACUUACGCUAAUUAUAAGUUAUAAAUAACAAAUAUCGAAUAGCUGCUGUAUUUAUUCGGACUACAAUGAUUGUAGAAAAACAGCUAGAGAAAGAGAAACCAUUAGAAUUAUAUCAGAUUUGUUUCACAAACGUACAACUUGUGUCCAACAUCAAAAUUUAACAUUUAAAGAACAUCGCAGUUCAUCCUUUCCAGAAUUUUAUCUUUUUUUUACAUUUUAUUCCAUCUUAGUGUCACGUUUCGUUACGUCUCAUCCGUAUUCUACGCAAACCGUUAGGUCGCGUGUGAGUCACUUAAAUCGUCCCGAUGCGCAUUGCCGAGGAACCGAAAUAAUAUCAGCACGGGUUUCGCUCGGGAUUAACAGAAGCGAGUACGUGUGUUGCGACAAUCGUGUGUGAACGAAACGAAUUUCUUUAUUCGGGGAUACGAGUGUUAUCUGUCACCUGUAACUGCGCGAUAGCGAUAAUGUUCCGUAUCAGCGCGGCUUGAUUCAUUUUGUUGUCGUUUUGUACAGUGAUUUAGCUGAAUUUUAUAAGCCGGACUUAGUAUAUAGCGUUAUUAGGUAGAAGUUCUUCAUGAUUAAUCCCGUUCAAGCGUAGCGAUAGUAGACUCUUAGACACGGCCAGUCCCGCGCGUCGUAAGUCUACGGUGACUAGAUAACAUCGUCGUGCGAGUACAAGCGAGUGUAAUGAUGCUGCAGUGCUUUUUCUUGAAUUUUUAAAUGGGCGACUUAAUAUGAAAAAGUCUCAGUUUCUGAGUUCGUACGUAUAUAUAUGCCUUGAAUAAAUAUACAUAUUUAAUUUAUA